UCAAGCAUUGCAGGUAUUUGGAAAUAAAAAAACGGAACUUUCAAAAGACAGUUAUUUCUAUGAUUUCGUCGACAAAACAACUGUUUAGGUAUUCAAUAUCAUACCAAGUAUACGCUCGAAACAUCAUGUACAGACAAUUCAUAUAUAUCGCCUGUCCUGAUGCCAGCGUUUAUUUGCAAAGGACAAAACAGCGUGAAAUCAAAAGUGAAAGUAGAAAAGCGGGCAAUCUUUCAAAAUUAUUUCACAUGGGAACAAAUUAUUUGGUGUUUCCAUCCGUUAGUUCACAUGACAAUGAAGAAACUUGCUACGUUAAAACCUCCCUAAAAUCUUACCAUGUCUAUCGGGAGUUGUCAUCUAUUCCCUCUGUAUCUGCGUCUCAUGCAGUGCAGUUUGAAUCAUUUUCCUCAACAUGUUCAUCUUUCAUAAAGGGUGUACACCUUAAUUGCAAAAAUGAAGAACAAAAUGAGUCGCUUACAAACAAAAUCCAUGGUUUAAUAUCACAGGACCCUGAACUGACUGCUUUUGAAAUGGUCCAAAGUACAAAUUCCUGCUUUUCUUUAAAAAAACUCGCAAAACAUGGAUCAUUGUUAGAAGAAGAAAGCAUUUAUUUAAGCAUUUUUGAUCGAUCGCUAGUCCACAGUGCAGAUUCAUUACCAGAAUCGAGUGUGGCUUCACCAAUCUUUACAACUCCAGGAGCUAUGCCAGUUUUUCACCAAUACAAUACUGCGAAAGAUAUUCUAACACAGCUUUCAGAUACUUCAGAGGUGAAAGAGCUAUUGGAUAUAGCAGACAAGCAUGUGACAUCUUUGUGUAAUGCAGAAACCCAAUUGAAGUUCCCAUUUGUUGUGAUUGAAGGCAUGGAUGCAACAGGGAAGACAACUCUAACUGAAGCGAUAGAGAGGAAGCUGGGAGCCGUGAAGUACUUCACUCCACCUCCUCAGAUCUCCCACCUGCGACCACAUUUCGACCGGUACCCGGAGAUUGUGAGACGCGCCUAUUACAGCUUAGGAAACUACAUUGUUGCUAUGGAUAUCCUGCGGGAAUGUGAAACCAGACCUGUGAUUAUGGACAGGUUCUGGCACAGCACAGCCGCCUAUGGUAUCGCCAACGAGACCAGUAUGAGCGACCUGCCAGGGGCAGGUCACCCUGUGUAUGACUGGCCAGGGGACCUGGUACGGCCCACCCUGGUUUUGUUUCUUACAGUGCAGGAGGAGGUGAGGAGGAGGAGACUCAGUGACCGCGGCGUGCUGGCUACAUUUGAGGAAACGGCCCUUGAUAAGGAUGGGUUGUUUCGAAAAAGGCUGUGUAAUGCCUACCGGUUGAUGGGUAAUCCUGCGCUGGUUGAGAUUGAUGCCAGUGGAACAGUGAAGGAAGUGAGGAACACGGCCAUAGAACUCCUUAAACAACAUGGUAUCUGUCUUCAAACUGACAUGUAGAGGAACUUUGGCCAGGAGAUUCGUGUCAAUCACUGAGUGGACCAAUUAAGGGAUUUGAGUCCCGCUUUGGGGAAAACAGGCUUAAUGCAUGUACGCAAAGUAUUGUCCCAGAUUAGCCUGUGCAGUCCAAUCUUGUAUGGUAUGGUGUAGGCUUUUAUGGUAUGUUUCAUUUUAAGGGAGUCUUCGUAGCAAAAGUUCAGUUUUUGCGGAAAGUGUCGUCCCUUAUUAAACUGGUUCAACACUUAACGCACAUGCAUCAAACCCCAUUUUCCAACAGCAUGGCCCAAUUGCAAUGGUCAACAAAAGCACAUGACUGAUUAAUCCAAUUAGUUUAUUGGGAUCCCAUGGACAAACAACUAAAUGGUCAAUAUUGUAUCUAUGUGAAAACUGACAAAUCUGGGAACUCUAUGGUAUGCACAUAAUGACAGGAGAUAGGUGUUGUAUAAAAUUGCAAAAGAUCUGCUGUCAUGCUUUACCUGUUAGCUAUAACUUAGUAAAUAAAUAUCCAGCAUCUGU